UUUCGAGAAGGGAGGGAGCAGGGAGGGGACUUGAGCAUAUAUAUAAACAUGGUGACGAGAGAGCAGCACUACAAGGGAUUUACUGUGUGACGAGAGCUGCUUGGCUGGGUCAAUAUGUCCUCUAUCCUGGAUAUUCACACUCUCUAUCAGAACUUGCGCAACCUGGAUCUUUCAGAAGAUCUUGAUUCCCCUAGAGAAGGGAAAUUACUUAGUACUCAACGAAGACAUUCCUGUACCCCUGAGCUUGAUGAUCUGUUCAGGCCCUCAAGUGAUACCUGGAACUAUGACCUUCUUCGAACCCCAUUCAGAAGCGACCGCUCGAUAAGCUUGACAGAGGGAUCACGGUUGGCAUUUCCUGCUCCCCCACCUGGAUUUCCACCCCUCAAGACUGCUCUUCCUGCAUUGCCUGCACCCUCUCCUCGCUACAAAACAGAACUCUGUCGUACAUUCUCUGAAACAGGCACCUGUAAAUACGGAGCUAAAUGCCAGUUUGCCCAUGGCAAGAUAGAGCUUAGAGAGCCAAACCGUCACCCAAAGUAUAAGACUGAGCUAUGCCACAAGUUCUACCUGUAUGGAGAAUGUCCAUAUGGAUCACGUUGCAACUUCAUCCACCACCCCCGUGAGCAAGGAACUUCCCAGCACAUUUUGCGACAAAGCCUCAGCUAUUCUGGUGUGCCAACCAGGAGGGGUUCCCCACCCCCACCUGGAUUACCAGAUCCUGCUGCCUUCUCCAGAGCACCUUCAGUUUCUCCGCCACCAUCCUCUGACCUGAUCUUUUCUCCAAUCCCCACCGAGGCACGAAGCCAUGUAUCUUCACUGAGAUCAGCUGAUUCUUACUCACAUUGUUGCUCAUGUCACUGCUCCAGGGCAGGAACAAUCACCCAAGAUCUCUUGUCUACCCAAAUGCUCCUCCGUUCACCUUCAUGCAGCUCACUACCAGAGACAGAAUGCUACAGCAGUGGGUCUGAAUCUCCAGUCUUUGAGCAGUCUUAUCAGUCACCUCCUCCAUCUAAUAAGAGACUACCUAUCUUUAACAGGUUGUCCGUGUCGGAUUGAAACCGGGAAACACCCUAGCCUAGCAGCAGUUGGGGGGAUACAGUUUUCUUAAUAAAUCGCACUAACACAAUCAAGUCCUUAGAUAGCAACAAGGUACUCUGAGAGUUACGUCUCUGGCAGACAAGUUGGAGACUUCAGGGAUCUUCCCAGAUUACUUUGAUGUGUUCUCAGGAUAAGAGAAACCAGCAAAGCACCUUCUUGCCAAUAUUUCAGACAAAACUUAGUUUUGUCUCUGUAGUCAAUGUGUCUUUGCAUAUGAUUGAAGGAAAACUAUAGCCAAAACACCAGCUGCUUCUAUAUGAAUAAGUAUUUUACUACAUACAUUUAUGGAAGUGGCUCUUCACCUCCUACUACAAUUGUAUGUUAAAACACCAUCGGAUAGUUGUCUUAGUGCUAGUGCAAAAGAAAACUGUUCCUACUCGGCAUAUUACAAGUUACACAUAGGUUCUUUUUUAUUAAUAUUUGCUAUAUUCUUCAAAAACACCAGUACAUACAUAUAUAUAUAUAUAUAUAUAUAUAUAUAUAUAUAUAUAUAUAUAUAUAUAUAUAUAUAUAUAUAUAUAGCUUUUUUUUACAUAGGAGCAUCAUGUGCCUUAGCUAUAGUUUUUCCUUAACUUAUUUUCUAGAAUAUGCAUGAAACCCCCUCAGAUGGAUACAUUCCCAUGUCUCAGAGCCGAAAGAUAUUUAUUAUAGUUACUUUGAAUAUUGUUUAAGGGCAUUCAUUUCUUGAAUGUGCAAGUGCCCUGAAUUAUGUAGCAAAACAAGGUACAAUGUGCAGGCCUCCAGUUGCACCCUGUGUCUGGGCUGGUUCCAAACAUAUGGAGAUGUCACUUGGUCUGGUCCUGUAGAUGUGCCCUGGAACCCCCACUCAACCCCAGAAUUCAUAUCCCAUUACAGAGGGAAGUACUGGAAUGUGUAGCUUGCCUAAUGACCUGAGCCUCUGCUCAGUACAGCCCGCAGCUUUAUGUGCCACUCUACAUAUAAUACACAAGCACUUGCUGUAGAUAAACUUUUAUCUGAAAAUAAUAUGGGCACGCAGUAAUAUGUGAAUUAUAGUACAGACACACCCUGCUCUUUGUUUAAUAGAGAUAUACCCUUCUCUGUGCAAACUAAUGAUACAUGCACCUCUAACAGAUAUAUACUACUUUACAUAAAAUAUGGAGAUACCCUGUUCUUUGUAUCAUACAAACACAUUUAGGUCUGUUUAAAAUAUAUUUAUACUGUUGUGUGUAUAUAAGAAAUAUAAACACAUGCUGCUUUGCUUAAAAUGCAGAACACAGCCCAUCAAAUUGAAACAUGUGGCUUUGCAUGUAUUACAAACUCAUAUACCCUUGAGCAUAAUGUGGAUACAGACAAAUCGAAUUUGGUGCUCCCUGAAUCAACCUGUCAACUCCAUUGUAUCAGUAGAUGUGGAAUACGCUGUGUUUAAUAAUCCAUGGUGCACACGCAUUGCAGUACUUCCUACCGGCAAAGGGUCAUUCCUAACAAUGUGUGUCCUACCUCACAGUUACACUGACAGGUCCUUCCUGGCAAUCAAGGAGUUAAAAUCAGGCACAAACAGGAAAUGUAGAGAACAGGGAAAUUUUAUCAGCAAAACCUGAUACUAAUUCAUACCUUGAUCUUUAACCUUAAAGUGUGCUUCUUCUAAUGUGUAUUAAUCUAUUUAUAUCAUAUUUAUAUUUAAAAAUGAAAAAUAUAUUUAUAAUUUUUUAUUAUUUUGUAAAUAAUAUCUAUUUGUCAACUUUUGCAAUGAGUUUAUAAUCUGAAAUAAAGAGAUUUGCAUACAAA